AUGGUGCGCGAUACGGGGCGUGGGAGCACAGAGAGUGUGCAGCUUCCCCGGGGUCGGGAGCAGCAGGGAAGGCUUCCUGGAGGAGGCUACAUCUGCGCGGACUCUAACCACGGCCUGGCAGAAGGCAGGCAGAUGAGAGGGCCGGGGGGACGACGGGCCAGGAGCGGACAGGAGGGCCGGGGGGAGGACGGGCCAGGAGCGGACCGGAGGGCCGGGGGGACGAUGAGCCGGGAGCCGACGGGAGGGCAGGGGGGAGGACGGGCCGGGAGCGGACGGGAGGGCGGGGGGGAGGACGGGCCGGGAGCAGAUGGAGGGCCGGGGGGACGACGGGCCAGGAGCGGACAGGAGGGCCAAGGGGACGAUGAGCCGGGAGCCGACGGGAGGGCAGGGGGGAGGACGGGCCGGGAGCGGACCGGAGGGCCGGGGGGAGGACGGGCUGGGGGGAUGAUGGGCCAGGAGCAGAUGGAGGGCCGGGGGGACGAUGGGCCAGGAGCGGACAGGAGGGCCAAGGGGACGAUGGGCCGGGAGCCGACGGGAGGGCAGGGGGGAGGACGGGCCGGGGGAACAAUGGGCCGGGAGCGGACAGGAGGGCCAGGGAGCCGACAGGAGGGCCGGGGGGAUGACGGGCCAGGAGCGGACGGGAGGGCGGGGGGGACGACGGGCUGGGGGGAUGAUGGGCCAGGAGCAGAUGGAGGGCCAAGGGGACGAUGGGCCGGGAGCCGACGGGAGGGCAGGGGGGAGGACGGGCCGGGAGCGGACGGGAGGGCGGGGGGGAGGACGGGCCGGGAGCGGACCGGAGGGCGGGGGAACAAUGGGCCGGGAGCGGACAGGAGGGCCAAGGGGACGAUGGGCCGGGAGCCGACGGGAGGGCAGGGGGGAGGACGGGCCGGGAGCGGACCGGAGGGCCGGGGGAACGAUGGGCCGGGAGCGGACAGGAGGGCCAGGGAGCCGACAGGAGGGCUGGGGGGAUGA